GGGACCCUGGACAGGCUGUGUGCAGAGUAGGAGAGAGGGAGGGCUAACUUGCUGAUCAGAGCAGGAGGGGAGACUCGAGUCGGGACAUGCUGUGUGCAGAGCAGGAGAGAGGACUUGCUGUACAGACUGCAGAGCUGAAGCAGGGAUUGAGGAAGGGGGCGGGGAGAGGGAACAUCACUCAUCGCCUGCAGGGGAGGACAGAUCGUGUGCUGUGCAGAGGCAGUGCCUCUGUCAAAUGUGGAGCAGUGCGGCGCCUGGCCAGUAGAGGCAGGGGAGGAGGAGAUCUGAAGGGCCGAUCACAUACCCCUGCCGCCAGACCACUGUGUUUCUAUUUUCACACAGGGGGACAACGCCACUAUAAAGAGAAGCAGGGGAGAGAGCAGGUACUACGGAUCAAGGCCAGCAACAAUGACCAAAUCAGUCAGUUACAGGCUCUGCAAUCACUGACACAUCUCCAGCUUGAUUUCUGGAGAGAGCCUUCCAGCACUAAUAUACCAGUUGAUGUCAGAGUUCCAUUUGAAAGUCUCCAAUCUGUGAAGGUGUACCUGGAAUCCAACAAUAUUGAGUACUCCGUAAUGAUAGAAGAUCUGCAGGAGGUGAUAAAUGCAGAGAAGCAGGAGAUGGAACACAAUGAAAGGAAGGAACGUAACUCUGGAGCUUUCAAUUAUGGAGCUUAUCAUACUCUGGACAAUCUUUACAAAGCUAUUGACUUGAUUUUACUGGAUUACAAGUCACUAAUCAGCAGACAGCAGAUUGGAACGUCAUAUGAAGGGCGCCCUAUCUAUGUCCUUAAGUUCAGCACUGGCGCCAAUCGUCCUGCUAUUUGGGUUGAUGCAGGCAUUCAUUCCCGUGAGUGGGUCACCCAAGCUACUGCCCUGUGGACUGCACACAAGCUUGCUUCUGACUAUGGGAAAGAUGCAUCUGUAACGUCGCUAUUGAACAGUUAUGAUUUGUUUCUCCUGAUUGUCACAAACCCUGAUGGAUAUGCAUUCUCACACUCAUCAGACCGUAUGUGGCGCAAAACCCGUGCCAUUAAUAGCGGUAGCCGAUGUGUUGGUGUUGACCCCAACAGAAACUGGGAUGCAGGAUUUGGGGGACCUGGAGCCAGCGCUGACCCCUGCUCUGAUUCAUACCGUGGUCCUAGAGCUGAGUCUGAGGUGGAAGUCAAGGCGAUUGCAAACUUUAUUAGGGGACAUGGCAAAAUCAAAGGUUUUGUGAGCAUUCACAGCUACUCUCAGUACAUUCUCUUCCCUUAUGGAUACAAGUGCACCAACCCUGCUCACUUUACAGAACUGAAUAAUGUUGGCAAAGCUGCUGCUAGUGCACUGAGCUCUCUGUAUGGCACUCAAUAUACAGUUGGAACAAUCUGCUCUACAAUUUACCAAGCUAGUGGUGGAAGUAUCGAUUGGACCUAUGACAUCGGAAUCAAGUACUCAUUUGCCUUUGAGCUGAGAGACACUGGACGUUCUGGCUUUCUGCUUCCUGCAACUCAGAUCCUUCCAACAGCACAGGAGACUUGGCUGGGGCUGAAAAAGAUCCUGGAGCACAUACGUGACAACCCUUACUAAACAGGAUCCUGUAUUUGUAGUUCAUGCAACCAACAUUUUCUAGUUUUUAAUUGUUUUCAGCUUUUUAGUUACAAUUUUCUUUUUUUUUUUUGUAUAAACUGUUUUUAUUAAAUUCGGGUCAAUAAAGAACAAUCAUUUACAAUAAUAAAAUCGACAUUUGACAUCAAA